AUGAGUGAGCUGAAUACUGUUUCGACGAACUCCAGUGAUUCCGCCAAAAACGGUGGUAUGUCAAAUAGUCCCGAGGAUAUGGACUCUGCAGCUGCUGCCAGUCAUGCUAUAAAGAAAAGAACAAAGGCUUCUCGCGCUUGCGAUCAAUGUCGUAAAAAGAAAAUCAAAUGUGACUACAAGGAUGAAAGGGGACUCUGCUCAAACUGUCAAAGAAAUGGAGACCGUUGCAGUUUUGAAAGGGUUCCUUUAAAAAGAGGGCCCUCAAAAGGUUAUACGAGGAGUUCUAGUCAUUCAAGACCUAACGAAAUACAAGAGUAUAAUAACGCUAAAUCAUAUAAUACAGUGGAAAGUAAUAACAGCACGAACAAUAAUAACGGUCCCAAUAGCAAUACCGUCCCGAGUACCCCUUCGAGAUCAAAUUCAGUUCUUUUACCUCCUCUGACACAAUAUAUUCCCCAAGCUAACGGCGUGCCUCCCAGUUUCCCAAACACUGCAAUCCAACCUACUAUGCCUGCUGGCAAUAUUGGUCAGCAGCAGUUUUGGAAAGUGCCUUACCACGAAUUUCAACAUCAGAGAAAGGGUUCUAUUGACUCUUUGCAGAGUGAUAUAUCGGUGAGAACUUUGAACCCGAACGAGCAGUUGUCUUAUAAUACUGUACAACAGUCCCCCAUAACAAAAACGACUCAUGAUUCUGGCAAUGCGCACGGAAGUAUCACAGGCUCAGGCAGUGCCUCUGGUAGCGGUGGUUACUGGUCCUUUAUAAGAACGUCUGGUUUAUUAGCUCCUACUGAUGAUCACAAUGAGGAACAAACAAGAAGAUCAAGCUCUAUACCUUCUUUGUUACGAAAUACUUCAAACUCGCUUUUAUUGGGUGGCCAGCCUCAACUACCGCCCCCUCAACAGCCGUCACAGUCGCAAUCACAAUCACAAUCACAAUCACAAUCGCAACUACAUCCACAAUCACAAUCACAACCACAACCACAACCACAACCACAAUCACAAUCGCAACCGCAACUGCAACUGCAACUACAACCACAACCACAACCACAGCCGCCGCAGCAACAACAACAACAACAACAACAAAAAUUGCAGCAAGGGCAGAAUUUGUAUUCAUAUUCUCAAUUUUCUCAACAGCAGCCAUACAAUCCAUCGAUAUCAUCCUUCGGCCAAUUCGCUGCGAAUGGAUUCCAUUCUAGGCAAGGAUCAGUGGCUAGCGAGGCAAUGUCCCCCAGUGCGCCUGCUAUGUUUGCCAGCGCAUCUACAAACCCAACGAGUAACGUACAGCAAGCACAAAGACCUCAGGAGCAACAAGGGCAACAAUUUCCGUCCGAGUCAGAUGCUAAUAGAAGACGACAAUCAGCCCCGGUAUCAGUAACGUUGUCCGCGGUUAGGCUGAACGGGAAUGAAAACAACGAUCGUAAUAUGAAUAACAAUGCUAGUAGCAACAGUAAUAAUAACAGUGGUUCUUCUAAAGACAUAUCUCAAAAUUCUCAAGAAUCUACGACCACAACGCCAGUAGCUCUAGAGGCGACGAGCCCUGGGUCUACGUCCCACAGAGGUACAAAGAAACGUAGAAAAAGUUAUGUGUCUAAGAAACCAAAGCCAAAGAGGGACUCGUCUAUUUCCAUAUCAUCGAGGGGCUCAUCACACCCAAUAUCUUCUUCUUCUACUAUCGUAUAUGGACAAAUUUCCGAUGUUGAUCUGAUUGAUGCUUAUUAUGAAUUCAUACACGUAGGAUUUCCAAUAAUACCUUUGAAUAAAACAACUCUGACGAAUGAUUUGUUGUUGGUGAACACUCAGCCAAUUUCUAAUAUCCACGAAGUAAACUCUUACGUUAUUUUGUGGUUUAGAAACUCGUUAGAACUAUUGGUUCGUGUGGCUUUGAAACAAAAACAGGGCGGGAGAUUUUUUGAUAAUAUAGUGGGUAUGCCUCUAUCGCCUGGAAACGAUAAUAAUAAGCCUGGCUUUACCACAGCUGUGGUAAGAGAUGAUGCUGAGAAAACAAGAAACGACUCAAAUAAUGAAGUACAGGAGACUUUAGAAGUACAGAGUGUUUUCAUUGCGGCUUUGAACGAGUGUUUCCAAAAAAUCGUGGAUAUCCAUCCCAAAUUCAGAGAAAACAACGAACAAAUCUCGCCCAAGAUCAAAGUUAUCUACUUAUCUACUUUCAUUCUUUUGAAUUACAUCUUGGCGUUUGUUGGUUACGAUAACUCAUUUGUGCUGGGAAUGUCCGUGACAAUUUUCAACGAAUUCAAACUAUAUAAAUUGAUAUUGUUCCCCGGGACAGAUAUCGAUGAGACGAGGGCAGCCGUUGGUGGCGAGGCUAUCACGGAGAAUGGAAGCACGAACCCCUCAGAAUUUGAAAUUGGAUCCGGAAGUGCUGGACAUAUAAAUCCAUCCAACUCGCCAAAUUCCAUGGACGAAGACAUGAAUCACUACUCUGUGCUAUUCAAAAGACUGUACAUUUUACUUUCAGUUUUUGAUUCUUUGCAAAGUUGCGCAUUUGGUGGACCCAAACUGUUAAACAUCUCCAUCCAGGGCUCCACGGAAAGAUUUUUCUCCAAUGAAUUAGGUUCCAAAUGGUGCCUGGAGCAAAGCCAAUUGAGAUUGAAAUGCGUCUUGCAAAGUUUGAAACUGGGUGAAUUAUUAAGUGAAUUGGCCAGAAACAGAAUAUCAAUGAAUGUGGUUAGCAAGCCCGGUUUCGACAUCGCCAAAUUGUCCUUCCUUCUAUCCGAGUUUGUGGGAAAUCAACCCGUAUCGGUGGCGCAAUUGUUUUGUAAGCUGUUGAUUGGGAAGCACAACUUCAUCAAUUGCUUAUUGUCGUUGCAUGAUGCCGAAACAGGCGUUUACUCGGAACUAACAUUGGAACUGAGUUCGAAACUGGCAGACUCCUUAUGUUCAUUGAUAUCGAUAAUCCUGCAAAUACUAACACUGAUUUUAAGGCUGAACCCCACAAACAGCAUCGACUUCAAUUAUAGACCACCCAACCCGCCCACGACGGACCCCACCGUGCAAGAGACAUCGCCGACAGGAGCCGGAAACACUGGCGCUACGACGCCAUCCGAGGGAAACCCAGAUUUUUACAAAAAGCUACUGGGCCUGAAGCAAGACAGCGAGACCAUCCUCUCCGAUCUGUGCCGGGGAGUUAUCUCGCCUUUUGCAAUUGCCAUACUGCACGAGAUCUACAACAUCACUGAGCUGGUUAAGCAGAUGCCAACGUCGCUGAUUAGCAUAAUGAUGACCGCCACCACCACACAGAACAGCCAGGAUACCAAGAAGUCUCAAGACCUAGUAAUGAAGCUGUCCAACUCCAUGAACGAGGUGGUGCAGAUCACCAGCGUGUUGACGAUGAUCAAGCCGUUCAAGAUUUUCGAGCACGAGCUGAACAAGCCCGUGGCGUCACACACGGGGGUGCUCUCCCCCUCGUCCAGAACAGACGUCCUGUGGGCCAGAUCGGGCCAAAGCAUCCGCGAGACGCCCGUGAUGAAGGCAUUGUUCGGCGAAGGCCAGGCCUCGAGUACACAGACCCCAGCUGCUGCUGCGCCGGCGGAGUCCAGGCUCGAGAACGUGGCCCUCGAGAACUUCGUCAGUAUCGGCUGGAAACUUCUAGACGAUUCCGAGCUGGGCUGGUACUGA